AUGAGUUGGAGUUUCCUGACGCGUCUUCUGGAUGAGAUUUCUAACCACUCCACCUUUGUGGGGAAGAUUUGGCUGACUGUGCUCAUCAUCUUCCGCAUCGUCCUGACUGCGGUUGGCGGGGAGUCCAUCUACUACGAUGAGCAGAGCAAGUUUGUCUGCAAUACGAACCAGCCUGGAUGUGAGAAUGUGUGCUAUGAUGCCUAUGCACCGCUCUCUCACGUUCGAUUCUGGAUCUUUCAGGUAAUUAUGAUCUCCACUCCAACUAUAAUGUACCUGGGAUUCGCCAUGCACAAGAUCGCCCGCAUGGACGACUCGGACUAUCGGCGGCCAGGCAAGAAAAAGAAGAUGCCCAUCAUCAGCCGUGGUGCCGUUCGGGACUAUGAGGAGGCAGAGGACAAUGGUGAAGAAGACCCCAUGGUUGCUGAGGAGAUCGAACAGGAGAAGCCAGACAAGGCAGAACCAAGUUUACAAGAGAAGAAGCAUGACGGACGGCGGCGGAUCCUGCGAGAUGGCCUGAUGAAAAUCUACAUAUUUCAGCUGCUGUGGCGCUCAGCCUUUGAAGUUGGCUUCCUUUGUGGCCAGUACAUCCUGUAUGGCUUUGAGGUUAUCCCUUGCUAUGUGUGCACUCGCUCCCCAUGCCCACACACGGUGGACUGCUUUGUGUCUCGGCCCACUGAAAAGACAAUCUUCCUGCUGAUCAUGUACGUGGUGUCUUUCCUCUGCCUGAUCCUAACGAUCUUUGAAAUCAUGCACUUGGGCAUCGGCGGUGUCCGUGACUCAUUCCGCAAACGGGUCACACUCAGAUCGGAACAGCCUUCUUCCUUGCAUGCCAUAGCUUGCGCUCCACCAGGUUAUCAUGCCGCUGUGAAAAAAGGAGUCAAAGAGGAGCUGAGGAUCUUGCCAACAGGUGACCCUGGCAUGGACAGUUUUGGCCACAAGGGCAACUCAUCCCGUGACCUGGAACGAUUGAGUAAGCACUUGAAACUAGCACAGCAGCACUUGGACCAGGCCUACCACAUGGAGGAGGGAAAGCAUUCGCGCAGCAGCAGCCCUGAGGUCCAUACUGUAGCGCAGACACCAGCUGAGCAGAACCGCUUCAAUUUUGCCCAAGAGAAGCGGGCAGAUGCCAGCCAAAAAGAGCUGUUUGCAACAGAGUGUGAAACUACUGGGGUGAGAAUCAGCAUCUCCAAAUCCAGGACCAUGUUCCUCAGUCAGGAGAAGGUGGACUAA